GGGAGAAACUCCGUCUUGGCUUGCGCAGGUUGUGAACACAUCCCUCUGCCCCCUUGGAAUUUUCCGUGGCACUCUGGGAUUGAACACUGUGUUCAAGGGGUCCUAACCCUCAAUUCAGCCGAGUCAAACACGAGAAACCGGAUGGCUGCAAUGCCACAUACCGAUACUCCGCGCUACUGGGUGGCUGGGUUUGGGGAAUGAGAUUAUCGUGAUCUGAAUACAAAUCUGUCCGUCUUACCCACCAACCGAGACAUAUAUUGCCCGGCACCCUAUCUACCCGGGCAAAAAGAAACCAAAACUCCAAGCCUGAGUAAUCCCACCAACUCUUCCUGAACCCCAUUAUCACCAUGCGCUAUCUGCCUCUCGCCGCCGUCCUCUCCCUCCUGGGAGCCGCCAACGCGGGCACCGUCCCUGACUACAAGCGGCCCUGCGGCUUCAAGAUCGCCCCCUGCCCCCUAGGCCAACUCUGCGAGAAGGUCGAUCCCAGUUGCGACAAGGGCCAGAACUGCCAGGGCUACUGCGUGCCCGCCCCCGUCACUCUCGUGACCAAGACGACGGCAAGCCCGCCCAAGCCGACCUACCAGUCCUGCGGCGGUUUCCGCAUCAAUCCGGUCGAGUGCCCCAAGGGCGAGAUCUGCGUCGACGACCCCUACGCCGGCGGCUGCGGCAUGGCCUGCGACAUGCCGGGCAUCUGCGUCAAGCCCGAGUUCUGUGGCGGCAUCGCCGGCUUCGCCUGCAAAGACGGAAAGAAGUGCGUCGACGACCCCAGGGACGAUUGCGACCCCGCCAACGGCGGCGCCGACUGUGGCGGUAUCUGCGUCUAAGGGGCGAGGGUCCGAUGUGCAAUGUGGACGAGUCCGACCAGAGUCACCAGACCGUGCUCUUGGACCUAAUCCAUGAGAAGACGAUCUGAGAUUGCUCGGACAUGCUCGGACUAGAAUUGCACAGCAAACUUUAGUCAGGACCAGGUUACUCUUCCAAAGUGGAUAUUGAAUCAGAAAAGUCAUGUAUAUAGGACAUCAGCUUCUUUAACAGGGAAAAGAAAAGACAAAACGAACAUAAACUUGACUUUUCCUUACGUUCCGCCCAAGUCCUUCCCAUUCUCCGUGUCAUGGCAUAGUACUAUUGAGUUGCCAGGCAUGAUGAAGACGGAGAGACCGCAAGAAACACGAAGCUGAGCAUAUCAGAUGCAAU